CGGCCCGCCGCGGCGCCGCCUGCUCCCCCUGGCGGGCGGCGGGGCUGAGGCGGUGCCGCGCUUCUGGUGCCGGCUCAGGCGAUGGCGGCGGGCGGCAGCGACCCGCGGGCGGCGGACGUGGAGGAGGACGCCUCGCAGCUCGUCUUCCCCAAAGAAUUUGAAACUGCGGAAACUCUUCUAAAUUCAGAAGUGCAUAUGCUUCUUGAGCAUCGUAAACAACAGAAUGAGAGUGCAGAAGACGAGCAGGAGCUUUCAGAAGUCUUCAUGAAAACCUUGAACUACACGGCGCGCUUCAGCCGCUUCAAAAACCGUGAAACCAUUGCCAGUGUCCGUAGUUUGCUGCUCCAGAAGAAGCUCCAUAAAUUUGAAUUGGCAUGUUUGGCCAACCUGUGUCCUGAGACAGCUGAGGAAGCAAAAGCUUUGAUUCCUAGUCUGGAGGGCCGGUUUGAAGAUGAGGAAUUACAGCAGAUUCUUGAUGACAUUCAGACUAAACGCAGCUUCCAGUAUUAAGAUUAAGCCUCAGCUCCUUUAUCUGAACAGAAAAACCUGGGAACUUUGUUUCUCAGCCCUCUGGACCAAUCCAGCUCCCGGCUGAGUAAGGGGAGCUGUGGAUACAGGGUACUCCAGUGCUGUGUCAUCCACAGAGUGGAGAUCAGCAUAGUCCUUUUGGUUUGUUCUGCUCCACAUGUAUGUUGGUAAGGACACCCGCCUGUGUUGUGAGACCUAAAGAAACGGAAAAGCCAGUGGCUCAAUUAUUUGUUUCUUCCAAAUCCCUCUCCCCGAUUUGGAAAUUUUCAACAUGUUUCUGUUUUUUUAGCAGAAAUGUAGAUGUGACUUCUAUUUUUUUGUGAACUUCUAAAAGAGAUGGAGAAGCUUGUUCUUGACUCUCAGAAGGUUUACUGAUGAGCUGCAUCAACUUCUGUGGUGGUUUAUUUGUUUGGGUUUCUUACUGUUUGAUCAGGACAGUGGAUUUUUACAGCUUCAAUAAUUUUCCAUUAUUUAGUGUAAAUUAAAAGAUGUUUCUAAUUAA